AUGCGAAGCUCUCCGCCCACCCCACUCGCCAGCGCCGCUGUCCACUCGUCGCCAUCGCUGUCGCCGAUCGCCACCGUGGCAGUGUCAAGUGUCUCCCACCGCGCGGAGGAGAGAGGCGACCCGAGUAAGCGAGUCAUCACCUGGCGCCUCUACGGCGUGUGCCUCGGCGCCUCGCACGUCGGGAUGAAUGUGGGCGAGCAGGACUCCUUCCUCGACCAGAGCUCGAUCAUGGGGGUCGACUACUACGGCCGCUUCUCGCUCCACGCGGCGAUGCGAGUCUACCGGCGCGCGCGCGACGACUAUGGCACGCCCGCCACUGGCGCCUUCCUCGGCUGGUUUGGCGCCCUCUUCGACUGGCCCGCCAACCCGGACCCGAUCCGCAGCGGCGGCACCACGCGCACCAAGGCGCUCGUGUCUGGAAACCUCUACGACCCAGGCACGGCAUUUGGGUGGACGGCGGCAAUGCGCAAGGCCUUCCCCGACUCGGCGCUGCUCGUCUCGCAAGGCGUCGGACACAUUACGGACGGCCGGCGCCGGUGGGUGGACUUCCUCGGCCGCGUGGACGGCAGGUGGGUCGACGACGUGACCGAGGAUUACGCCGGCUGCCUCGAGGCGGUCACGCGCUACUGGGCGAGCGGCGAGCUCCCCGUGGACGGGCUGGUGUGCAGGGAGGGCGCACCCGUCGUGGCGGCAGAGAGGCGGACGGAGACGGAGUGA